CUUCCCCUACCAUCCUACGAAAAAUCCGGUAGCGACAACGUUGUUUCAUUGCGUCAUCAAUCUACGACUGUAUACGUAAAGUAUGGCACGUCUCUGCCUUUGAAUACUCACAUAGUUUGGCCAGUUCUCAUAAAACUGUGCAAGAAUGACAAUGGAUAUGACUUUCCUUGGGACCGGCUCGGCCUAUCCGUCCCCCCACCGCGGGGCCUCGGCUCUGGUUCUACGAACGGACGGGGAGUGUUGGCUGUUUGACUGCGGAGAGGGAACCCAGACCCAGCUGAUGAAGAGCCAGCUCCGAGCCGGUAAAUCCUGCCACCCUGGUUUAGUUAACCCUAUGAAGACUAUGAUAAGCAGUUGAUAUUGCUGUCUAUGAUGUACAUAUAGUUUCUUUCAUUUUUCUUUUUUCUGUACUUUCUGGAUACUUUUGAUCAGUUGAGAUUUGUCAUUGUAUAUGUAUGGAUUAUGCAGAGAUUAUCAUGGCACCUGUUGCUUGCAAUUACAUCCCCCAUUUUCUAUCCAGGUAGGAUCACCAAGGUUUUCGUCUCCCACCUGCAUGGAGAUCACCUCUUUGGUCUGCCGGGUCUCCUUUGCACUGUGAGUCUCAACACCAACCCAGACCCCCAGCAGACGCUCAGUUGUGUGGAAAUUUACGGGCCCCGGGGCCUCCGCCACUUUUUGAGAGUGACACUUGGCCUCACUGGAUCCCAGCUGCUUUUCCCCUAUGCAGGUAAGUCCAUAUACUAAGUACAAGCAAAAACUCCUCAACCUCAGAGCGAGAUUGUUAUAAAUACCUUGCACAGAGGCAAAUUAAGCUGCACCAGCAUCUGUUCAUUCAGUAGAGGUUACAGACCUCUUCUUCUUUAGCAUAACUUAAUUUUUUCAUUCUUAGACAACAUGCUUUGUUUUUAAUUCUAAUGUACAACACUGUCAUCUCUUAUAUUAUUGGAUCUUGCUGCAGUUCAUGAGCUGGAGCCCACGACUGACCAGAGUCCAGAGGAGGGUCAUCUUAGCCCAGAGGUGUGUAACUAAUUUUGUUUACUUUUUUUGCUUCCUGCCCAAUUAUACAACACCCCUGAAAAAGGCCCAAAUCAGCCUUGUUUAAAAUAUUAGUUUGAUUUAGUGAGGCUCUUCAUGUCUCCUCAGGCAACAGCAGAGUGCGGCCCUCUACACCCACAGGAGCAGCCGGGCAGGACAAUCCCUCUGAAUGUCUCCAAUGACUGUUAUCACCUCUUUGAAGACAAGAAGUUUGUUGUGAAGGCCUUCAGAUUGUUUCACCGCAUCCCAUCUUUCGGUUUCUGCAUUCAGGAGCAAGAUAGACCUGGAAGACUAAAGACUGAGGUCCUACGGGAACUGGGUAAAUGCACUUCAUGGGCUUUUGUGGUCCUUUUUCUUUACUCCAAGAACUUACAUGAAAAUAGUACCAAGGGCAAAUAAAAGGAUAAGACCACACUUUUAAAAGGGUGACUGUGUGUGCUGCUAAGUCUAACUCCACAAAGUAAUUCAUAUACCGCAUUUUAGAACAAUUAUUCCUUAAAAGCGGUGUGACACACGGCAUCCUUUUGUGUUACUUUUAGGUUUGAAACCAGGGCCUCUGUAUGGGCGACUAAAAGCGGGUGAGCCUGUAACUCUGGAGAACGGACGUGUGGUUGAGCCGAGUGAGGUUCUGGAAGAAGCCAUUCCAGGGAGGAAGGUCUGUAUUUUAGGGGACUGUAGCUCAGUUCUUGGUGAGGGACCACUGAGGCUGUGCAGAGGAGCGGACAUUCUGGUUCAUGAGGCCACACUUGGUAACGAACACAGAGAGAAAGCGGUGGACCACGGGCACAGUACACCUGACAUGGCGGCAGCAGUGGCUCGAGCCUGCUGUGCUCAGAGACUGGUGCUGCACCACUUUAGUCAGAGGUACAAACCCUGUUCUCUGCAGAAAGAGGGGGAUGAGGACCAUGUCUCAGAGCUUAAGAGGCAGGCUGAAGAGGCCCUGAAGGACAGUGGUAUAGAAGUGACUCUGGCUGAGGACUUUUUGACCCUAACCAUCCCUCUCAGAAGAUGAUAAUAAUGAUGUAUGAAGUAAAUGGUCUUUAUGAUCAGUUGUUUGGCCAACAGAGUUAUAAUCUUUCAAUAUAAAGUCUAAUUGGCAAAUGAUGAAACAAUGUCAGCACAAAGUUAAUUAAUCCCUCUAAAACUUGUGCUUGCCAUCACCAUCUGUGGAGUUCGUGCCGAUAGGAAGAGACAGAUUGUUUUUUUUUUUGGAGAACUUCUCGAGUUUUUGGUCAGAAUUUGCUCCAAAGCGGAGUUUGAAAUUUCAUCUUUGACCUAAAAACAGCAUUUGACAGUCUGACUUUUGAAAAGUUUCAGUGUUGUGAGCAUCUUUCCAAAGAAUGGCAGCCUCACAGUUUUCAAGUCCAAGAUGAAGUUUCAGCCCCAACUUGAGGGCUGUUCAACUAAAAAACAGACUUGAAAAAGCUGCUUGCAAAGUUGUACAUUUUUAACAUCCCCUUCAUCAGCUGAGCAAACUUCUACGGCAUAUGAAAUUUAUUGUGCUGGAAAAUUCUAGAAGAAAAUGAGUUGACUAUGAGCUUCAACCCUUGUUUAGUGACACUGAUUUUACUGACACUGGUCCAAACUAAACUGAGUAAAAGUUGUCUUAAUCAUGUUGCAUGAUUUCUACUGAAACUGAAACUUUUCCACAUGAAUUGUUUUAACGUUUCUAUAUUUUCUCUGUGAUGACGAAGAACAUGCGCUCAUCUCUAAACCUUUUCCAGAGCUUUAUUUCUGGAUCUGUACACAAGGUAUUAAAGUACAACAGAAAAUACAAAAUAAUGUUUAACAAAAGAAAAAAAAAAAAGAAAACAACUCAAUGUUUAUGUACAAUUCUUAUAAACAAUAAAGAUAGCUUCUUGAACAUUUCUCAUAGUGAAGUUUUGAUUGUCUAUAUUUCUGGAUAUACAUUUUUAAGUUUUGUAGGUUUUUAUUCACAAAGGUGUUCUCGUUUUCAUCAAAGGUCUCGAGUUUUUUUGUCUUUUUUCAAAACCACGACUGCUAUAUUUUUUUUUCCUUUUUUAAACUUCAAAACACAAUACAAAAUAUAAAAUAAAUUUGUUUAGUGCUUCCUUGCACACACAAGUCUCAUACCAGAGAGAUCAAUAAAAUAUCACAUUUUUGAGAGUUCACAGGGUGGUGAAAAAAACCUACUUCUACUACUUUAAUGGCCUUUACAUUCUGACAGUUUUUCUGAGUCUUUGUACAAACCACAGGUGAAAUAAAUAUCACUGCACCGCUAAAGCUAGAAGAGCUUGGAGGACCUACUGCAUUAUGCACAUUGCAUUAUAAGAGAAACUAGCUCUCCACAUACUCAGAGCAGCAGCCGUCCCUUUACCAUCAAGACAAAUAUAGACGACGACAUGUAAAAAGAGUUUUCAGAGGAAAGAAAGAUGAGCGUCUUUUACACAUGGCUGCAAGUUGUGAAUGCAAAUUUGCAACACUGGACUUAAUAUCAAUACGUCUUCAGGUAAAGCCGUUUGUCAGUGGUACACUUGAGAAACAGACCCAGCUGGCAUGCGUGGUUUCAGCUGAGUCCUGGGGGUCAUGACUUUCCAAAGAGAAAAAAUAAUUCAAACACCAAGUCAACCGUAAAAUUCAAAACCCGAAAUAUCUGUACAUAUCUACAAAUUAUUGCCUUUUGACAAGGAAUCAAAUUAAAAUCUUUGUAUCAACACAGAUUCACAAGUGUAAGAGGUCAGUAAUAGACUUUUUAAAGGCUAUUUGCUAAAUAUUUACAUGAGAAGCAGAAGUGAACAUCUCUGAUGAAGGGCAUGGGAACUGAAAAAGUUAAUCUUGAUGACUUAUAGGUAUGAAUCCUGUCUGUACACACAUCAUGAUGAAUGACUAAAUCUAUGAACAUGACAAACAUGAUGCACCCCUGAAACAAACUAAUUAUUCAUAGCACAAUGCAUAGAUAAAUUAAGUAAACACUACUACUGCAUCCAAUCAACUGACAAUGGCCCGCUUAACAUUUUACACUUCACAAUAAUGGACUUCAGUCAAAAGAAAGCAGCUCCAUUUCUGCUACAAGAACCCCAAAGAAACUGUUGACCAAAUGAACCAAUCCCCACCCCCACCCCCCACCCCAAUCCCCCAAGGUCUGCAAAGGUUGGAAAGAGGUUAAAUAAAAAGAAACAGAGUGGCUUAAAUAAAGACAUAAUACUGCUAGAAGGUUUACCCAAGGUUGCCAAGUGGUCUUAAAAUGGCAAAAAUUAAAUUAGGAGCAUAUUUUUACAUUAUCGUUACCACAACUUAAAGACAUGCACGACUAACCUUGCCUAAUAGUAGCACGAGUCAAAGAAUGUGUCUAAAAGAUUGAACAAAAUCUCACAAAAAAGCAAAAGAAUAUGCAAUAAAUACAUAACUUAUGGUGCCUGAUGAUGUGUUUGUUUAAAUAGCUAUUAACUUGAAGAUCUUUGCAUUGCUAUAUGGCUGUUCUGCUUUGCUUGUCUAAAUGAUACCAUCCUGGAUGGAAAAAAAAAGAUUGGAAAAAAGUAAUAAUAAAAAAAAGAUUGGAAAAAAAAGUUUAAAACUAAAACAAGCUGAUUCCCACUGUGUCCCUCUGCACAGGUAUUUCUCCUGUGUAGAUGUCAAGAAAACCCCAUUGACCAGGGUUUACAAUUUAGGUUUGACUACAUGGGAUUAAAAAAAUAACUGUCGCAGAAAUUCAACUGUUCCAGUUUGGCAACUUUGAAGAGUUUAAAAGGAAAACAAGUGGACAAGCUACAGACAAGCUUCCACAGGAGGAAAAAGGAAAACGAAACUGGAAGGCUUUAGCAGCUGAAGCUGCAAACACUUCCUCAUCUUCAAGCCAUCCUCCACGCUAGUGUUGCUCUUCAUUUAUUUGUGUGUAGCCAGGUUUCAUAAAGGGGGUAAAAUAAAACAUUUGCACCAGCCUGGAUACUAAAAAGUACCUGUAAACCAAACACUAAUUUAAGAAAAUAAAAGUACCACUUCAAACAACAAAGACAAGCAACUAAAUACUAACACGAGGCGGAAAAACAGCCAGUUUUGGCAGCUGGAAAGAAUGGCAGGAUAACAUACUGUAGCUCUGAAGAUGUUGUGUGUAGCUGUAAGGGAGGAAGAUACACAACUCUCCUACUGCAGCCUCUGGGCCCCACUGUACAUGGACGUUACACAUCUCAAGACCGCAAAACAAAAACAAAAUAAAUGGCUAUAUAAACUCUUGAGAGAAAUCAAGAUUUUAGUUCUAUAUGAUAGACAUCACUGAUGUCAUAUUACACAAAAAAUGAAAACAAAAAAGAAUAUUCAUAUACAUAUAUAUAUAAUAGAAUAUAUAUAUAUAAUAGAAUUUAAACAAAUUGGAUUCUCCAGUGAGGUCAGUCUUAUGUACACGUGGGAUGAGGGAUCUUAAAAGGGAAGAAUGAGGGAAGACAAUCUGGAAGAUCACUCUGACUGAAGUGCUGCAGUGUGCUGUGUGUGGUGCCGUGCAUGUGCUCCCAGAAACCCGUUGGGCUCCCCGCUGCCAGCCAAGCUCCCAAAGUCUGUGACGGACACCGCCAUUUUGGCGCCGGUGAUUCGGUGGUGAUGUGUGGCUGUCCGUCUGGCUUCAAAGUCCACCCCGAGGUUACCCACUGACACGUCAUUGAUAAAGGAGUCAGGCAGGGCCAUCUUGAGUCUCUUGGAGGGCCGCUCGCAGUCCUUGUUGACACACACUCCUCCUAGCUGGCCCAGGUCAGAGUGGUAGAAGCCGGCGUCAAGCAUGUUGAGGCAGUCUGGGUCUGCGCCGUUAGAAGGGAACCCAAGGGAUUCGUCGUGGUUCAGGGAUCCGCGAUGGAGACUUUCCAGGGGAGGGAAGCUGUAGGAAUCUAGGCAACUCACCUCUGCGGGGCUGCACACUGUGGCCACAGUGUUACUCAGGGCUGAAAGGAGACAGGGCAAAAAAUUAAUACUUUAUCACUGGAAACAAGAACAUCCUCUGGUUAGGAAACAUUCACAGAGGAGGGAAAUAAUGGCCGUAACAAAGUAGUGUUCUUAGGUUUCACUAUGAGAACUUUUAUCCCCACAAGAGAAGAUCUUAGUCUCCUAACUGACCUGUGAGGUCGCUGGCAGUGAUAGAGUUAAGCAAGCUGAGCUGUUGGUCUGUGGUGGUCUCCAGUCUCCCUCCUCCACCUGCUCCUGAACACACAGAGGAGGAACUGUCCACGGCCAGUCCCUCUGCUUCAUCCACCAGUCGGUCCAUCAGGUCUCUGUUUACAAGGGCAAGUGUUUUAAAAUACAUUUCUUCCAAAUUAACAGAGGUUAACUACGACACUGAGAGAAUGCCUACAACUGUUCUCCUACUUACGUUACACCGGGAUAGCUGCUGUACUUUUUCUUCCCAAACCGAUUCUGCUGGACAAAGAAGUCAAAGCGCUCUGACUUUUUCCACAUGUAGUAAAACGCCACACAUUCUGCUACUGUUCUCGUUGUGACCUGAAGAGGAUGAAGGAGCGGUUAAAAGAGAAAGAAAAAAAAAAACACUGACAGCUUUGUGUAGCUGUGAUUUCAUGUUUAUGUAAAAAGGAGAAAUUGCUAAGACUUACUUUGUGUUUCUGUAUGAGGUGAAAGUUCUUGUCGUACAUCUGUAGUGCAUGUUCAAAGUUCUUGCAUUCUUCUUCUGACCACGGUGGUGAUUUUUCUGAAAUGGAACCACAUUAUGUUAAUGCUGCAACACAGUUCAGAACCCAGGAUUUAAAUGCAAGGAAUAUGGUGCUGCCCAGCGGACCAAUCACAGGGCGUGAGGUGAGCAUUGUUUCAACACAGUGUGAGAUUUUUAGGACGUGCACAUCAGGCUACGGGUUCAAGGCUACACAAACCUACAGUGUAUCCUGUGGUGUAGAUACAACACACAAAUACAAAUCAAGCUAUUAACUCAAACAAGUGCACACAAUGAUGAUAAACAAAACAAAUACUGUGAUAAAAAUACUGAUUAGCAGAAAAUUGGAUCAAAAUGUUUUUUUGAUUCUUUGUUUUGUAGUUUUCUUAAGCCCUCCAACUGAAUAAGUGCUUCAUAAAUAAUCAGUUUUAGACAAUCUGUUAUACCACCAAUUACAACACCAGGUGAUCUAGAGAAUUUUUAACUGUUAAGUGUGAACUGUGAAAGCUGGGAAUUAAGAUUUACAGAUUGAGCAAUUCGGGUGCAUCUGUCUGCGACUUUUCAAUUUGUUUAAUGAUGAUCAGGGCUGAUGGCCUCCAAGAGAUAGAUUCCUUUAAAAAGCAGAAAUUACAUUUUCUUAGAAGACGCCUUUUCUUUUGCUCACCUUUUGAGGACUUCAUACGGCUGCAGUAUCUCUCAAGUGCUUCACGGGUGUUGUAGUUGCACUUGACAAGCUCAUGCAAAGCCUGAAAAGACAGUCAAACAUGAAUUCUGGAUAUGAAGAUAUCAGAAACUUUUAAAAUGACAACAAUUUUCACUUAGGACCCUGGAUGGAAAAUACAUGAGCCUGUUUAAGCUCAAAUAGGUUUUGAAUAUCCAACUUAAUUCUAUGUAAUGACAUAAACUGGAAGAACAAAGACCUGACUGACCUGCUCAUUGUCCCGGACAUGCAUCCCUGCUGUCUUUUCAUCUGUUGUCCGUGACAACACAUCAGACAGGAAACUCCUAACCUUGUUUUCUGGCAGUGUACCUGGGCUCCAUAAUAACUCGUCUUCGUCUUCAUAAGCUGCAGCAGAACAAAGUGAAUUACAAUGAGAUAGGUCUACUUGUUCAUGUUAAUUGUGGGAAGAAAAUGAUGGAUGCAAUCCCAAUAUAUCACACCUGAUAUACAUGCAAGAAAAACAAAAAUGAAGCAACAGUUACCUUUCUCC